AUGGAUAUGGCUAAUGACUCCACCCCAGAAGGCUUCAUCCUCCUGGGCUUCUCAGAUAACCCCAGGCUGGAAAGGACCCUCUUUGUGGCCGUGUCCAUCUUUUACACACUCACCCUCGUGGGUAACGUCACCAUCAUACUCCUGUCUCGUGUAGACUCUCACCUACACACCCCCAUGUACUUCUUCCUCACCCAGCUCUCCUUCCUGGAUCUCUGCUUUACCACCAGUUGCAUUCCCCAGAUGCUGGUUAAUCUUUGGGGCCCAGACAAGACCAUCAGCUACCUGGGAUGUGCGGCUCAGCUCUACAUCUUCCUGGGACUGGGCGCUGCGGAGUGCGUCCUGCUGCUUGUCAUGGCCUUGGACCGCUACAUGGCUGUGUGUCAACCUCUGCAUUACACCAUCACGAUGCACCCACAGCUGUGCCAGAAGUUAGCAUCCCUGGUCUGGGCGAGCGGGUUCUUUGGCACCUUGAUGCAGUCCCCCACCACCAUGAGGCUGCCCUUCUGCCGUCACCACCGGGUGGACGACUUCGUGUGCGAAGUCCCUGCGCUGAUCCGCCUCUCCUGUGGAGACACGCGCGCCAACGAACUCCAGAUCUCAGUGAUCGGGAUCGUUUUCCUCCUGCUGCCACUUCUGCUCAUCCUGGUUUCCUACGGCCGCAUUGCCCAAGCAGUGCUGGCCAUCCAGUCCGAGGAGGGCAGGCGCAAGGCCUUCCAGACCUGCUCCUCCCACCUGGGCGUCGUGUUCCUCUUCUACUGCAGCAUCACCACCGUCUACAUGCAGCCCCGGAGCCAGUUCUCCCAGAAGGGAGGGAAGUUCCUGACUCUUCUCUAUACCGUGGUGACCCCCUCUCUCAACCCCCUCAUCUACACCUUGAGGAACAAGGAUGUGAAGGAUGCUCUCAAGAGGGUAUUUGGGAAGGGCAGAAAGGCCAGUGAGGAACGACGGGGUCAGACUCAAGGGUGA